GGUACAUUACUUGUGCACUAGUACCAUGGCAUAGCAUUCCAAGGCGAUUCACAUGGUCUUGAAGUCUCAUGAGCAUUGCCUGCUCAUCUGUUGUUUGAAAAUAGCAGCUUGGUACGGGAUCAUCAUGAAUCCAUGUAUCAGAUAUGAAACUUUGGUCAGUACACAGGCCUGGUAUAAAAAGAACUGUAACUGCGAGGGCUAGAGCACCAUCAUCCUUUCUCCUCACCUCAUUGACCGUUAUGUCUGCCAUACCUGUCAUUAUUGAUAUCAGACCUACCAUCGGUGCUCUAUUUUGUGGAGUUAUUGCAACAUCAGUCUUUUACGGGGUCACCAUCUUACAGACUAUAUUUUACUUUCAAACGUAUCCAGAUGACAAGACAUUCAUUCGAAUUGUGGUUUUAUUUGUAUGGGCUCUAGAUACUCUCGACCUUUUUCUGGUUGUAAACGGGCUUUGGACAUGGUCUAUUGCCAACUUUGCCAAUCCAUUGGCCUUACUGGAAGUGCCUUGGAGCAUAAACGCUGAACCUGUAGUAACAGCAACCAUAUCCACAGCAGUACAUCUUUUUUUUCAACCCAGAUUUAUGGCAUACCGCAUCCGAACCAUUAAUCAACGUUUGACACCAAUUGCUGUUAUUGUGGGAAUUGUGACAUUCUUUAGCUGGACACUGGGGCUUUAUGCAACAAUCCAUGGCUUUACAACCAGAGGAAGUAUUGAGAAUGUCACUCAGGCUCUUCGUUGGACCGACAUUGGUGCAAAUGUUUCCGCUGCAGCACUGGAUGUGACUAUCACAGUUACACUAUGUCUUCAGCUUUAUUUCAGUAAUCAUGGCUUUGAGACCUUCCCAAAAACACGAAGAAUCAUCAUCGAUGUGAUCACGUUUUUUGCUGCCCCGAAGACCCUUGUUUAUUAUGCAUUCCUUUGCAUGACCUCCAAAGCAUACACAAAUACUUUUUUGGCACAACUCAAUGCUAGGGUGUAUAUACGCCGUGAGAGUGACAAGUCAUUGUCCAAUAUGAAUCCGUCCCGCGCAAUUGUCUUCCGUGCAAGGCAGACAAAUGAGAUAGAAAAUUCGUCCAUGGACCAUGUUUCAAACAACCGCAGGGUCCCUAAUUUCAAUCAAACAUAUGAAGGACCAGCAUCUCAGGGAGGACAAGGACGGACAAUGGUAUUGGAAAAAAUUGAACAACUGGUAUAAGUAAUGAGAGGUCAGGAGGACAUACACUAUGAUCUUUUUCCUCAAGAUUGAAGAAGA